CUGUCAGAGUCCCAGCAGGGUCACCAGAGCCAUCUGAGCCACUUUAUUAUGUAGGAGACACCACCACGCAUCAGUGUUAUGGCGGAUUUGAGCUCUGUGGCGCAGCCAGCAGGACAUGCCAGCGUAAUGGGAAGUGGAAUGGGAUCACACCUGUCUGUGUCCGAAAAUAUCCUUACACUUACGAGACACCAGAAGAAGAAGCAGCCUCAAAACUGGGUUCCACUUUGAAUGUUUUGCUGGAGAUUUCGGAUCCUGAAAAACCGAAUGAAAAUAAUGAAUCGGAAAGUGUGGCAUUAUGUGGUCUUUACAAGGAAGAUGAAAAACCACUGAAGCCGGGAGAGUACAGGGAGCAAGAACACUAUCCUUGGCAUGUGGCCGUCCAAAUAACCCAUCCAUGGGGAGUCCAAACAUGUAUGGGGUCCAUUGUUGGAAAUCUGCAUGUUUUGACUGCUGCACACUGCUUCACAACAGACGAUGAUCAAAGCAACGUUAAGGUGCUAAUCAAUGACAAGGACGCUGAAAAUCCUCAGAGACCUACAAACAAAAAGGUGAAAGCAAUCCAUCUGCAUCCGAAUUACAGCGUUUACUCAAAGAGGAAUCGGGGCAUUGAUGAGUUUUAUGACUAUGACAUCGCUGUUAUUGAACUGAACGAUGCGAUCAACAAAAUAAAAAUUUCACCAAAAGCCCGACCUAUUUGCAUUCCCUGCACUGAGGCGUCGAGAAGGGCACUGCGACUGAAACCUGAAGCGACCUGCAAAGAUCAAAUAGAUUAUCUGUUCUUCAAGGAUGUAGUCAAUGCAUUUUUUGUGACAGGAACAGAAUCACAAAUGAAAAACAUGAAUGUUAAAAUAAAACUAAAGAACCAGCCUUUACUGAAAUGUAAUGAAGACGCAUUAAAGGCUCCGCUGUACACAAAAGUCAACGACUGGAAGGAGGUGGUGACCGACAGAUUCCUCUGCACAGGAGGCACAGACCCACAAAUCGACGAGGUCACAUGCAAAGGAGAUUCUGGGGGCUCCUUUGUAAUUAAAAGGAAAAGAAGAGCUUUUCAGGUCGGAGUGAUAAGCUGGGGUAACAAGAACCUGUGCCAACCAACGCGAAGACAUUCUGAUCCAGACUCGCGCGACUACCAUACCAACCUUCUUAAAGUUCAAGACUUUCUAGAAAAGAAGCUUCCACACCUCAAGUUUAUAAAGAAAUAAUUUAAACAUUUAACUUACCAAAAGUAACUCAAUCAACAAUCAACCAGACCACGGGGACUUAUCGGUUGUCCCAGACCUUUGACUGAUGCAGUAUCUCGCAUAAGGCAGGCAGUCAGCAAGACACUAUAAAAAUGAGGAUAUUUUAAAAAUGUCACUAAGAGAGUGACAUCAUUAUCACCUGGAAGAGAAGGAGACAUCCUUGUGCCAUCAACUGUGCCACCUACCAUCCCAAAGCUCACUAGCAUCCCAGCUGAAGAACACAACAGACUCUAAAAGCUAAAGCGGCCGCCUAAUACAAAGCUCGCUGUGUGACUCUGAUUUCAAUCGUUCAGGUUGCAUAUCUCAUAUAACAUUUAUGCUUGGGUUUUGUGCAUAUAUAAAAAUAUAAGUGG